UGCAAAAGGAAAGAAUCAGGAAGCUACACUGGAUUCGCGUGUCGACGCGCUUGGUCGGGGGUCAACUCAAGUAUUUGUAUCCCAGCUGUCAGCCGUCUGAGGACGCCCCGCCGGGCCGCGGAGGGAAAAUGGCUCGACGAGGUGGCGCUCGGGUGGACAUGUACCGGCCCACCUGCAGGAGGCUGGCCGGCUGUUGCUCAGGUGUGGAUGCGGCCAUACGAUCUUGUGUGAGAACGACACCUAGUGGCUAACAUGGAAAAAUACAUAAACCAUAGCUAGAAAGCUAGACAAUUGUCGGGGUAGCAAUAUUCACAAAUAUCCAGUACAGUAUUUAUAAAAAGGGAUAUUAACCUUUCGGGUGAAAUGUAUAACAAUACCACAACCUUUACAGGUGAACUUGGCCUUCAUUAAACUUUUGAAUGUACAUGUUCAAUAAUUCAUUACCUUAAUGUUCUCUAGCCAUGAGUUGAAUGGCAAAAUUAUUGAAGUAUUUUCGUGCAUUUUUUCCAGUGAUGCAUUUUCCAAGAUGAAUGAUACAUCCAUAAACAGAAUAAGGAGCCACAUCUACUGCCUUAGUACUGCAAAUAAAAAGCUCCUUUCUCAAUAGCCCUAUCAUCAAUACAGUAGUAUUAUGUUCGGUAAAACAAUGCUCCAAAUUCUAGAAUUAAUUUCACCCAGGAGAUUGUAAUGUGUAUGUAUUUGUACAUUUCAUUUUCACGUAAUUCGUGCAAUAACGGGCAAACCAUACCCCACUGUAUUUGCUUUUUAAAAUCAGUUCAUUUUACUCAUAUGAGUAUUUGAAUUUUGGGCAGUUAUCCUUCAGAAGGUAGGACUUGUUUCAAAGAAAUAUACAAUUCUAAAGUAAUGUUUUCAAAGUUUUAAUGACAAAAUGUCUUUACCGUUAAGUUUCAUGAUGUUUUCUGAAGGGCGACCAGCAUUAUAUGGAUCCUUACUAUCAAUUCCUAAAAUUUUAAUCAUCAAUAACUGAAACUGACUUUAAGUAUGGCUGGGUUAGCGUUUGAAACAUUUAUUCAUCAGGCAUGAAAAAAAGUAUUUUAUUUAUUUUACACUUAUCUUUUCCGCUAUUGCUCAAAUUAUGAAAACGACCCAUAUACGUAUUACAGGGGAAUACAGAGCAUGUACAGUAUGCCAGUCUGCAAGGAGCACUGACCCCGAUUUUUGAUCCCUCGUGGGGGUCUGACAGACUUUUAACCCAGGGAUAGGGUUACCACACUGACUCUAGCUGUUAUUAAUACACGCAAAGUCGGCCUCUGUUUUGCUAACGGCAGAAACACAGCAGGGAGAGUCUCUCAACCGUGAACAAAUUCGACCAAGCUACCAUCUCUCUGGACUGCAAUCUUCAAACUGAUCACCAUGGACAGUCACGAAAAGGCACCCACUGAGGAGCCACCCACACAACUCAUUCAAUUUCUUGAAGACAUCAAACAAAGCGCUGAUGAUGACAAAUUAGAGCACGACCGCACUUCUGAGAUGGACAAGUCAGGCAUGGAGAGUGUUGGACAGAUGUUUGAACACUGCAUCCAGCAAGUGUCCCUUUUGGAGAUACGGAGAGAAGAGCUGAUACAAGAGUUACUGUAUCUGCAAGAGCCCAUGAUGCAAAUUGUGGAUCAGCUGAGGGAGAAGCUGAGGGAAAAGCGGAGACUGAUCGCCCUGGCUCAGAGGGAUCACACGGACGUAUUUGAGGAAGUGCAGCAGGUGAAGAGGAAACUCUUCAACACAGCCAGAGACUGCAUCCACAGCCAAGUGAUGCUGGCUGAACAAGAGUAUUGGGUGGCCCAGGCGGCACUAACGAAGGAGGAGCUUAAGGCCCAAGUCCAAUGUCUGACCGAGGAGUUGCUUCAGCUUCAAGAGUCCCAUCAAAAACAUCUGAAUUGUUUGAGGGAUCAGGCCAAGAAGCCAUGCAGACCGAGAGCCAUGAGCGAUGUCAACCUGUGCCGACAAGCUUCCGUCCGCCUCCAGCGCCGGCUCAGCGUCAGCAUUCAGGAGUUGGAGAGCUGCUAUGAGCCCCGACUCAUCGCACUGCUUAAGAGGAGGCAGUUGGGAGAGAAAGCCUUGAGAGUAGGCCAAGAGCAAGCAGCGAGCUUUAGGGCCCAACUAGAGCCCCUCAAACAGGAGGUACGACGACUGGAGGAGCAGAAGACAUGUCUGGAGCAAAGGAUUAACCUGAUGCAGCAGGAGAGAGAGGAAAUGAUCACACAUCACAAGGAAGUCGAGGAGGAAGUAAAACAGGCCCUGAGGAAACUAGUGCUGGACUUUGAGGUUCAAAAAAGACUAAAAAAAGAUUUGGAAGCUGUCACCAAUUAUAUUUUAGAUGAGAUGGCAAAUCUCAGAGUCUGCGAUGAUGCUUCAGCAGAAGAACAGCCAAAGGAUUCGACUUCGUGUGAAUCCACGUAAUGUCAAACAUUUUUGCUUGAAAUUUGUUUUAUAAGGUAAAUCAAAUACAAAGCAUGAACUCUGUUAUUA